AUGGCUCCUCCAAACCCCCUGCCACUCUCCGACGAGUGGAAAGACGCCGACGAAUAUGUCUCGGCCCUACUUUCAUUUACGACCGAGUCUGUCAUGUUCAUGAACCUUUGCGGUGGUGUACAUAUCCUCGAUUUCUUGACGCGCGAUCCCGAUCUGUACACGUCACUGCUGCCAGAAGACUGGUGUGCAUUCUUUGAGCACCAUGAUAUUCACAGCAUCUUGCAGCUGCUUCUACGCGAAGACAUUGGUCCGCUGUGCGAGCAGGCGGAAACAAACACAACCGACAGGUCGUGGAAUGGAAGCGCAUUCCCGCCUGUGUCCCUCCUUGAAUACAUUCGCAAUAUUCGCCGAUUGAGCCUUCGUCGCGAAUUCACACCUGAUAAGAGUCAGAGUCUCCCAAGACAUAUUGUUGUGGGCAUGAACAAAAAGAAGGCACAUGAAGUUGAACAGUUCUCCCGAUAUGUCGCAUCCUUGUCUGAGACAAUCGAAGAAAGUCGCGGAGAGCCAUUGACUCAUAUCGCUGAUUUUGGAUCUGGUCAAAACUAUUUGGGGCGUACAUUGGCCAGCGCACCCUAUCAUAAACAUAUCAUCGCCAUUGAGCGCAAGCACCAAUAUAUCAGUGGAGCGAAUCGUAUGGAUGUCCAUGCCCGAUUGGCAAAAGAUGAAAAGAAAAAAUUCAUGCACAACGCGAAGCUUGCAAAGUUGAAGAAGCCGAAGAAGCAGAAAAACCAAUGCGACGACUGUACAGAUACCCCAGAGCUCGCAUCACCGGAAAACCCCGAUGUUUCAGAGAUCAAGGUGCAGGCACAAUCAGAACCAACUGAAACACCACAAGAAGAAGCGAUUGGGCAAGUUGAAGAUGACAUCUUCUCCGAUACUCUAGGUGGCAUGAGCCUAGAAGCCAAUGAUAUCCUCACGUCCGUCGAGCAUAAGCCACCUGUCUUUAAGCCACCUCCCGAAGUUGACUCCAGAGGCACCGUGAGUUAUAUUGAGCAUGAAAUCAAGGACGGCUACUUGGAGCCGAUCAUUGAACACGUUGUGGACCCCAAGACACCGGUGGAAUCUAGGACGGCCACGGACGAAGUCGUCACCCAGUCCGAGAACAAACCAAGUGACCCCCGGGUGAUGGUUGUAUCGCUACAUUCAUGUGGUAAUCUCGUUCACCACGGAGUACGGUCAUUGGUGCUCAAUCCAUCCGUCGUCGCCAUUGCCAUGAUUGGUUGCUGUUACAACCUCCUCACCGAGAGACUUGGUCCAGCCACGUACAAAAUCCCUAUCCUCCGAUCUUCUCACCCCCGGCUCAAACAAACCGGCUCUUCGUGGGACCCACAUGGGUUCCCAAUGUCUAAGCUCUACGAGGAAUACGAAGCGAAGACCACUAAAGGUGUCAAGCUCAAUAUCACUGCCCGUGCCAUGGCUGUACAAGCACCCUACAACUGGGGUCACGCGGACAGCGAAGGGUUCUUCACCCGCCACUUCUACCGUGCUCUCCUCCAGCGUGUUCUCCUUGACCAUGGCAUCAUUCCCAAGGCAGAUGUCCCUAAAGAUCUUUAUGCAGAUGACCCCGAGAACCCCGAGUCUGGCAUCGCAUUGAUUGUGGGAUCUCUGCGCAAAUCCGCAUUUGUGUCUUUCACGUCUUACGUUCGCGCUGCAACAGUCAAGUUGAGCCAGGAUCCGCUUCGUGGUGACGAGGUCAAGAAACGCGUUUGUACCAUGACCGAUGAAGAGCUGCAAGGCUAUGAAACCGAAUACCUCCCCACGCGAAAGAAUCUUAGUAUCGUGUGGGCCCUGAUGGCUUUCAGCUCUCAGGUUGUCGAGGCUGCCAUUGUCGUUGAUCGCUGGCAGUUCCUGCGUGAGCAUGAUUCAGUGAAGGAGUGUUGGGUUGAGCCGGUGUUUGAGUAUGGCCAAAGCCCUCGCAACCUGGCUGUCAUUGGUAUUAAAAAAUGA